AUGAUGGCCUCCAAGAGUUGGAGAAUGGCAAACGCUUCUAAUUCUCGAGAAGAGCAGAAUUUACAGAAGGAAAAGCAGCGUUUGAUGAAACAGUAUGAAGCAGAAACAUGUCAGCUUAAAGCUGCACAAAAUCGAUUUGAAAAUCAAUACAGAAAAAAAAGUACAACAGAAAAGAAGACAUCGCUUGUGUUACCACCUCUGCAGGAGAAGAACAGUCAUCCUCUCAAGGGGCAAGACGGUAGAAAAGGCUUUUGUGGGAAUUCUGUUUCUCUCCCUUCUCUACCACGCUUGGCGGACUCUUUCUCUGUAAUUGCUGCUGUUCCUAGACCAAGAUCAGUUAGUGUCAGUAGUGAAGCAGAUAGUCACUCUGCUUCAUUAAUAGUCAGUGAUUCACAUGAGGGAAUUGCUUCUACACAGCACCACCGGCGCAGUAAGUCUUAUGCUGGACUACCAAAUGUAAUAAAAUAG